CCGACCCAGCCAUUGACCCAUCAGCAAUCCUUCUGGUCGCACGGCACUGGUGCAAUUUUUAACCAUGACGGCGGCCCUUAUUCUGGUGCUGCUCUUGGCGAGCUUUUCUCGCGGACAAGAAGCGUCGACUGCCGACUCUGCCCUGUCCACCACUGCCAGCAGCAUUUUUGCCGCCGAAGACCUGUCAACCUCCCAAGCGGUUUCCAGCAGCACUGAGGAUCCUGUCGAAUCGAACAUCUCUUCGUACCGCCUUCCCGAAAACCUACGUCCUGAACACUACACUUUGGACAUUAAAACAUUUUUGGAGGAGGACAAUUUCCGGUUUGAAGGGCGCGUCAGAAUCAGAAUUUUCUGCACUUCGGACACUGCCAAGAUUGUGCUCCACUCUAGAGGUCUUAAUUUGACCACUGAUGAGGUCAAGGUCACUGAUAACUCGUCUGGGCAGAAUUUGGACAUUGCUGGACAUGAAAUCGAUGGCGAGAAUAAUUUCUACAUCAUUCAUUUGAAGGAAGAGCUGAAAAGUGAGCACAAAUACAAGGUGGACAUUCCGUUCGAGGCACCGCUGACGCCUCUUUUGGCUGGGUUUUACAGAAGCAGCUACAAGGAAAAGGCGACGGGAAAAACCAAGUGGCUCGGGGUCACGCAAUUUGAGCCGACGGACGCUCGAAGGGCAUUCCCAUGCUUCGACGAACCUGCGAUGAAGGCUGUGUUCCAAAUCAACCUGAUUAGACACAAAAAUUUCUCGUCCAUCAGCAACAUGCCCCUCGCCAAAACUGUUUCCCUGGCUGACGAUUGGUUCCGUGAUGAAUACACCGAGUCAGUGCGAAUGUCAACGUACUUGGUGGCGUUUGUUGUGUCCGACUUCGCCUAUCUAGAAUCCACACCCGGCGACACGACCUUCAGGGUCUGGGCCCGACCUGACGCGAUCGCGCAGGCUACCUACUCGCUUGACAUCGCUCCUAAGGUGCUCGACUUUUUCGAAGAGUACUUCAACGUGCCCUAUCCGCUGCCCAAAAUGGACAUGAUCGCCCUGCCCGAUUUCGCUUCAGGUGCCAUGGAGAACUGGGGCUUGGUCACUUACAGGGAAACUGCUAUGCUUUACGAGGAAGGAGUUUCUCCAGCCACUUCGCAGGAAUCAGUCACUCGGGUUGUGGCGCACGAAUUGGCGCACCAGUGGUUUGGAAAUUUGGUCACCAUGAAGUGGUGGGAUGACAUCUGGCUUAACGAAGGAUUUGCCACUUAUGUCGCCGCUCUGGGAACGUCUCAUGCCCAGCCAAAAUGGAGUUCUCUUGAGGACCAAAUGAUGGAAUCUCUAUUGUCCGUCUUUUCAGUGGACGCCCUCCAGUCGUCCCAUUCAGUUUCAAAUAAGAUUAAACACGCUUCUGAGAUUCCACAAUUGUUUGACGCCAUUUCUUACUCCAAAGGUGCUAUUUUGCUGAGAAUGAUGAACCACUUUUUGGGUGAGGGUACCUUCAGGCGAGGUGUUACUCGAUACCUGAAAGCCCAUCAAUUUGGAAACGCAGCCCAAGACGCUCUGUGGGCCUGUUUAGAGGAACAGGCGCAGCUUGACUCCGCUAAAGAUGUUGAUAAGAAGUCGGCUGCCCCUGCAAGAGCUACAGUGAAGGAAAUCAUGGACAGCUGGACCCUCCAAACGGGCUAUCCCAUCAUCCAAGUCACAAGGAACUACGAGGACGGCACUGCUGAAUUGACCCAGAGUCGCUUUUUGACUGACUGGUACGGUCGUACGUCUGGUGACAGUAUUUGGUGGGUGCCCGUCAGCUAUACAGACUCGUCAAGCGCCCUAGUGGACGUUAGCACAAUGCCUCGACUUUGGAUGAACGAUUCUAGCGCAACUUUGAAAAGCCUCCCCAGCAAAGAGCACUGGUUACUUCUCAACGUAAACUCUACUGCUCUGUACAGAGUUAACUACGACAUGAACAACUGGCAACUUUUGUCCGAGUCGCUGAGGUCGAAAGAUAACUACGGAGGAAUUCCCACCCUGAACAGAGCCCAGCUGGUGGACGACGCCCUGGACCUGGCGAGGGCCGGUCAGCUUGAGUACAGCGCGGCCCUUGAUUUGCUGCGCUACCUGCGACACGAACGCGAGUACUUGCCGUGGCGAGCCGCCUUUUCCAACCUUGUCUACUUCACCCGAAUGACCCGUCGCACUUCCGGUUUUGGCGCCUUCAGGACUCUGAUGCAGACCUUGUUGACCCCAAUUUACAAAGAAUUAGGCGAUGAACCUUUCAGGGCCCGCAAACCGGAGGACACGCUGCCGCAAACCAAGAACAGGGCGCAAUUGCUCAGCUGGGCCUGUUCAAUGGGGGUGGAUGAUUGCGAGGAAAGGGCGUCUGCUCUUUUCCAGAACUGGCAGAAACAGACCGAAGACCCGGAUGUUGUAAACCCAGUUCCUGUUGACCUGAGGAGCCUGGUUUACUGUUCAGCAGUCAAGGUUGGAGGCCAACCGGCCUGGGACUUCAUAUGGAAGCGCUACCUUAGCUCGAACGUGGCCGCUGAGAAAGGAAAGCUCUUGGGUGCUCUCGGUUGCACCAAAGAAAUGUGGCUUCUGCACAAGUUCCUGGACAUGUCUUUGAACGAAAGCUCAGGAAUUCGCAAGCAGGACGCCAUCAGCGUUUUCUACUCUGUGGCUCGCAGUUCGACUGGAUUCUACGCUGCCAGAGAGUUCCUCUUCUCCCGGAUCAAGGACAUUCACACUUUCUUUGGACCUAAGGCAAAUCGCAUUGGACGCUACUUAUCAGCUAUUUCCGAGUCAAUGAAUACAGAAUAUGAUUUGGAAUUGAUGAAAACAUUUACGACCCAAAACAUUAAGUACUUAAGCGACUCUAAAUUAGCAGUGAAACAGUCCUUGGAAAAUAUUCAGCUUAAUGUUCAAUGGCGGACCCAACACUACGACUCUGUGAUUGAAUGGCUCUCUAUUCACGCAAACGAAAAGUAUUUUGUCUAGGACGUUAGAUAAAAACGUUUAAAAUUUUUAGCACGAUUGUUACUCUAACUAGGCUACUGUAAAUAACUUAACAUCACAGACGAGUGAUUUUUGCACGUGUGAUCGUUCAUUUGUCUUGUUUAUAUCUAAAUAAAAUUAAAUUAUGGAUGGCCGAAAAGAGGUAAAAAUCAU